AUGCUGGAAACAGAGCAGCGCAGAUUGAAUGAUAGUUUACGUGUGGCAAAGAAACGACUCAAGGCACAGGGGUCCUUCAACCCCCAAUUCUGGUCACGAGCGGCCGAGGUAGAAGGGAUACUGCUGGAGCGCAUAAAAGUCGAGCGAAAGAUCUCAUUGAGGGAUUUCUCAGGGCCUGAAGCUGAAUGGCAAAAGACAGAAGAGGCCAAAAUGCUUUUCGAACAGAUCAGGGCGCACGAAGUGACCACCGCUGCUUGUAACAAGCGAAUCGAACAGCUUGAGCCACGAGCCAGCUGGGGCCGACGCCUUAGGGCAAGCUUUAUGAAGUUAUUUACGACCAGCAAAAUGGGCCUAGGAAUCAAGAACACUGGUGCUGGAGAGCGGGAUGGACGGUCCCAGACGCAAUUCCGAACCGAUAUGAUCGAAGUGUACGGGAGUCGAAACCCCGAGAGAGAUGAAUAUCUCUGGUGCCCCAUCAUGGGGAAGUACUUUCACAAGAGGCUCAUGACUGCAGCACAUCUUUUUGCGUAUAUGCACGGCCAGGACACUAUGGGUGCCAUAUUUGGGGUAACGAAGACCCCCGAGCUUUUCUCUCCACGCAAUGGCCUGAUGAUGGCCAGCUUCAUCGAGGACGUCUUCGACUGCGGGAAGAUUGUUAUUGUCCCUGAUUUGCCCGAUCGUCCCAAGCUCGCAGAACUACUGGCAUGGCUUGGCCAAGAGACCAGAGAAUAUAAAGUGAGGAUCCUGGACCAGAAUUGGAAACUGCUGGGCAAGACGAUCGAACUCGGCUCUCAGAUGACAUACCGAGAGCUAGACGGCAGGCGCCUACAGUUCAAGACGGCCUUUCGACCAGCCGCCCGAUACAUCUACUUCCAUUAUUGCCUACAGGUUCUACGUCGAGCCUGGCAGGAAAACACAGAUGGAACCCCAGGCGCCACGAUCCGGGACGAGAUGGGCAAGCCAUUCUGGGGCACACCUGGGAGAUAUCUACCCAAAAAUAUGCUAUUAGCUCUGGUUGAGGAACUAGGCCAUGACUACAAGGACCUCUUGUGUGGUGCAUCGGGCCAGAAGGGGGAGGAGGGACUACUUGUGGAAGUUGCAGCAAAGCAGGUUAAAGCACGACGAAAAAGGCUGUGCGAUUCCGGGUUUGGGGACGACGAAGAUGAGGAUUAUGAGUCUGAUGAAGAGGGUGACGGGGGAGAGUCGGACAGUGAAUCAACUUCUAACCAGGACUAG